AAAGCAGAUUAUGCGUUAUUCCCGAUAGAUGUCACUGCAAACAACAGCAGUGACAUCUGACGGAAAAUUAAUGCAGAAGCUUGAUUAAACGGUUUAUUGGGAUAGGGGAUCGAAUUGAUGGUCGCGGCUCAGUAGUAUUCCAACUGAAGGGUCAAUUAUUAGGCGCUUUGCUCUGAAUUCUUCCAUUCAAUACUUGCUAAACAAAAUGACAAAAUGCGAGUGCAAAAAAUAGUAAGCAAGCGCUCGUUUAACUGCUUUGAACAAACAACAUUUGAAAUAAACGUAAGAACCAGUUGGCAGAAGACUCCUGUUCAGCAAGUCGCUGUUUCCCGAAGCUCAUUUUUCAAACGAGGAAGUCAUUAGUUUGAACUGAUUUAUCGACAUCGUACAUAUUUACCCGAAUAAAAAUGCACCAUCGAAGAACAACAAUGAAUUUUAUUGUUUUUUUUUCUAUUUUUGAGAUUUUUUACAUAGAAUGUUUUGUGAAUAAGAUCAUUUGACAAAUACAAUGCAACUACAAUAAUGUUGAUUGUUAUUGAUAUUAAAAUUGUAAAGUUCUUUUUAAUCGGGUUGACUUCUGGAUUUUAGCAUUCGUCCGGCAUCCUUUUGCUUUACGUCAGAACAUCUUCGAAAAACAGUUAUGAACAGUUACUCAUGGUUAUGCUUAAUUUUCGACAUUUAGCUCGGUUUCUGUUUUCUACCACCCAGAGUGGCAAAACUAUUUCGUUGUUUCCUGUGAGAUUAAAAGUAAUUAUCUUUCGCAAAUUAUUUGUCCGUUUCUUUGCUACCGAAUACGUGACUCUAUUCCAACUGUGACGUACAUUGUGUUGAAUAACAGCAGCAGCAACAAUAACAACAACACUACCACCAUCACCACCAGCAACAACAGUUUAAAUUCCGUGUUUCUGAAGCAAACAAAACUGAUAAUAUCAGCAUUUCUUGCGUUAACCACCUAGCAGCAGCCUGCAGCUAAAACCGUCCAAGAACACCUCUAACCAUCAUUAGCCUAACCGUCGGGAGUGCGGUUUCCGCAUCGGUUCAAUUAAUCAUGCCUAUUAUUAGAGACAUUUACUGUGAGAGGAACAAGUGCCAAUACCAACCUAAAAUGUAGUAUUUCAACUAUCACCAGACGAAAACAAAAAAGAAACCAUCAUAUAGUGCAAACAAAAUGUAUUCGACAACAUCAAGCUCAACGAAAAAUUCCGGUUCCAUCUAACCGUACUAAAAAAAAAAUCUACCAAAAAAAACGGGUUGUUGUCGUGCCUCCACAUCGACGACGACGACGACGGGCCGUUUGCUAGUGCGAAUUUGAAAUUUUGCGACGGAGAGAAAUCUGUUCGAUUAAGUGUCAAGUGUCAAGCCGGUUUCCGCAAUCGCGAAACACGGCAUCCAGUUAUGAAUCGCUAUUGGUGAAACAAUCGUAAAAAUUAAGACCACGCGGCUUCAAACUGGAUCCAACAAGUGACAGUAGUGGCAAGCGACAGUCACUAGCCGCAGCCGCCGCCGUCGAGAUGAACGUCUCGCAGGGUUACCCGGUCAAUCCGGAGGGAAUCGCGUAUCCUUCGCGGUACUACCACCACCGGGAGGAUUACCUGCAUCACCGCGGUGGUGGUGGUGGUGGUAGUGCUGGAUCGGUGGCAAUGAAUCACCACGUCGGCGCGGAUGAUGGUCCGUGUUACGAUCCGUCCACAAUGGGAUCCUACCCGGAGACGGGCGGGAAUCCACCGUACGGGUAUUCGCCUUCGCCGUACGACCCCGUCGACGGGCGGUUCAACUUUCCUGCGUACCACCCGGCAUCGAGUGGACCAGGACCAGGUGGUAAUCCGAGGGGACAUCCGGAGAUAGCGAUGAUUAAUCAUCGGGUCGGGGCGAGCUACGGCCAUUCGUUGCCGUGGUAUGGCGGAUCACCGCGGGCCUACCCGAUCCCGCCGGAACACAUGUACAAUAUGUAUCAUUUUGGCAGAUACGACUGUGAUGACUCCAAAGCUGCUUGUAAAAUCCUAAAUGGCCGUGAAGCGCGGAACCGAGCGGAAAAGAACCGCCGCGACAAGCUCAAUGGCUCGAUACAGGAACUGUCGGGCAUGGUGCCGCAUGUGGCCGAAUCGCCCCGCCGAGUGGACAAGACGGCGGUGCUCCGAUUCUCCGCCCAUGCCCUCCGGGUGGACUACGUUUUCGGCAGAGACCAAUCGGAGCAGCAACUGCAGCUUCAACAGCAACACCAAAAGGCAGCAAUGGUGCAGAAAACCGAGGUGCAGGACACGCUGUAUCGGAUGCUGAACGGGUUCCUGAUGACCGUAACCUGCCGAGGGCAGAUCGUGCUCGUUUCCGCGUCGGUCGAGCAGUUUCUGGGACACUGUCAGACCGAUCUCUACGGCCAGAAUCUGUUCAACAUGGUCCAUCCGGAUGAUCAGAAUUUGCUCAAACAGCAGCUGGUCCCUAGCAACAUAGUGAAUCUGUUCGAUUCGACUGGCGUGCCGUCGACGUCAGGUCGGUCCUCCACAUCAGCAUCGGCGGCGACCCCCAGCGCGGACGGGAGCAGCGAAGAUCAGCAGCGGAGAUCCCAGGAGGAGGAGGACGAAAUCGAUCGCAAGCUGCGACAGGAUCGGCGGAAAUUUUCUUUGAGACUUGCCCGAGCGGGACCGCGAUCGGAGCCAACGGCAUAUGAACUAGUCACGAUUGAUGGUUGCUUCCGGAGGGCGGAUUCCGCUCCACGUGGUGAACGACCGAGUGGUCCCUCCGGACUGCAGCUACUGCGAAGAGCGCGGGGCCGGGACGACGGGAUUUCACUACAUAGCAUUAAUGGGAAUGAUAUUGUGCUAGUUGCAAUGGUACGCGUGCAAAAGGUCCCAACCAUCUGUGAUCGUUUGAUUGAGGCUUGCAGGUAUGAGUACAAAACGCGUCAUCUUAUUGACGGAAGGAUAGUGCAAUGUGACCAUCGGAUAUCGGUCGUGGCGGGAUACCUGACUACGGAGGUCUCCGGACUGUCGCCAUUCACCUUCAUGCACAAGGACGACGUCCGGUGGGUCAUCGUGGCCCUACGGCAAAUGUACGACUACAGUCAAAACUAUGGCGAAUCCUGUUACCGGUUGAUGACCCGGACCGGAGACUUUGUCUACCUGAAGACCCGCGGUUACCUGGAAGUGGAUGACGCUUCCAAAAAAGUGCAAUCCUUUGUCUGCAUCAACACCCUAGUCACGGACGACGAAGGCCGGCAGCUUGUGCGGGAAAUGAAACGCAAAUUUUCCGUCAUCGUGGAGCAGGAAGAACUGCCCGACGAAAGCGACGAACCGGCCGUGGAAAAUCAGAAGCAAAUCGAACGAGCCGUACGGAAUCUGCUAACCAAUCUACACUCAGAAGACGACGAACCGGUUGAACAUUCAGCAAUUCCAUCCAUCGCAUCGCAUGAUUCGGAUGCACCCGGAAACUCGCAGCUCGCCAUAAUUGCACCAAGUUCGAAGGAGGUCAAGUCGGCCAUCGUCAAGAGCAUGAACGUGAUUGCAAUAGCUUCGAAGAAGCUGUCCAACGGAAGUAAUUCCCCGUUGAGGGAUUCUGGAUCCAGUCCCAAACCGAGGAACCACUCCAGCAGUUCACCAGGGAACAUCACAAGUGCCGCCGCCAUGCAACGUCCUUCCGUACUACAGAAAGCCCAAAGUCCCGCCUCGGAAUCCCGAGUGCCUCCCUUGCACGGCUCCGAUCAUGGUUUCAUUCAGCCCUUCUCUCCGGCCGGCAGCAGCAGCAGUAGCAGUAGCAGCGGUUCCGUUUUCUCUCCCGCAUCACAUUUCCAGCGGAACAGUCGAAGUCCGUUCGGUGGCAGCAUUCCGCCGACUUCACCGCCCGCCAUUGCUGCAGCUCCAUCGCCGUCCGGUUCGCGGAUCGUUGAUAACUCGGCAAACAGUCAUGUGCGGUCUACCAGCGUGCUGAAGCGAACCUACAGCAACAGCAGCAUUAGCACUUCCGAUGACACUACCGUCGGUCAUACGGCCGAUUACCUAGUGCUCAAACGAUCCAAAGCUAGUCCCCCCGGUCUGGAUGUCUGUAUGAACAGGCUGGCCAAUCCGGCAACAGAUCUCAUUACUAUGUUGCCCGAUGCGAUUCACGCGGUCGAUCAGUCGUUGCUGACGAUAGAGAGCGAGACGGCCAUUAUUCGGGGGCAGGUCAGCGGUUACGAGGACUUGCACAGCUCGCAGCAACGGUUGGACAGGAUAGCGGAAGAACAACAAGAGCAACGAGAAAUCCUACAGUCAAUUCAGCAGCAGUUCACCAGCCAAAUUCGGUCCAAUGGCGGCGGAGUCGGUAAUGGUGGUGGUGCUGCCAUGGUGGCAGGCAACGCCGCAAUCGCCAUCAACAACCUGCUAUCCAACGAUUCCGUGGACGAUCUGGUCGAUCCAGCGGCCAUCAUGAUGGUGGGAGACCUCCCGAGCGAUAAUUCCAACCUGAUGGCCGAGCUCGACGACAACGGUAGUCUUCUGGGGGUCGGCGGUGGUUCCCCGAUGGAAUAUUUUGGCUCCGUAAAUACCCCUCUGAUUUCGCCCACUACGACGGCCUCCGUCAUUACGUCCGGCCGAUCCGUGGCCGGCGGCGGUACGACAGCAUCGUAUUACCAUCAGGGUGCAGAUUUGCAUCCGAGUUAAUGGCAAGUUCGUCGCACGGUGUUGGUGGCGGUGUUUGCAUCAACGCAAUGUUGCUACUGCUGGAGGGAGAAUGACGAGCGAGCGAGCGAGCGAGCUUAUGGGUUCAAUUCUGAUGUCCCGGGUGGCAAUGAGUGUCGUAGUGUGUUUGUGUGUUUGUUACAAAUGGAACAGAAGAGAGUGUUUAUAUUGAUACUUUUUAGAGAGUCAUUUAAGUCCAAGAAAUACAAAGAAAUCAUGCUAAUCUAGUUUACACGAAGUUGUGCAUAUAGUUUUACGUGUUGUGUAAAUCGACGAUUAAGGCAAACGUGAGUGAUAUGAGUUUUUUUCACAUUGAAAUUGAUAGUAUUGUUCCCAUCCACAAAAUUUUUCCGCGUUACAUUAUUAAUGAGAUACACAUACCUAGGAGAUAAUCGAUGGCAAGAGAUAUAGCGAAUGAGUCUUAACUAAGUAAACAAAUGGUACUGUAAUCUGUAAGUUUGUUGGUAGUUUUUAAUGAGAAAAAGUGUUUUAUUAUGAUCCAUAUAUAUUUUAUUUAGUUUUUAAUUUCCUAGCUUUAAAACAUUUGCAAAACUAAAAUAAACCCUACACAAAAUGCAGGAUAAAUGGAAAACAAAAUUGUUUAACUAGUGCCCCGUGCACGUGUAACAUUAAUUUUAUCUGUACACUUUAUAGGAAAAAUGCCCGUUUCUAAAAGGGCACCAACAACUUCUAAAACUUCUACUAGUAAAAUUCCUUUCUGCACGAAAAUAAAGGAGGACUAUUAUUAUUAGUAUUGCCUAUAAUCGCAUUUCAGUCCCAUAUGGAAAGCAGGCAUUGGGAAAAUGGCAGUAGUUGUUACGAAUUAGAGGAAUCAGAGAUGAAUUAAUGCAAUGUUUUGU